GCGUGAGAGCUUUGACAUGGCCAACAAUGUCAUCCUUUACCACGACACGGACCCGGACACGGCACAGUCACUGAAGGACAUGGUGGCACAGAAGAACACAGUAAGUAUCAAAUCAGUGACUUUAUUUUCCUUUUUCUGCAAGGUUAAUGUCACACAGGUGGUGUCAUGGCAACCUAGUUUUUUUUUUGUUUUUUUGUUUUUUUAAAGCGGGAGGAAAGAAAACGUCUUCAGUCUUUCAUGCUGUCACCAUCAUUCCAUUCUGCAUGUUCGUUCUGCUUUUGCUAAGCAGGUUGGUAAAUCAAGGUCUUUGCUAAGGAGAAGAGCAGAAACCAAAGCGGAGAGCUGCAGUUUCUUCCCUGCCUGAUGUGCUCUUCCGUUCUGCGACAUCGAGCAGUAUAGCAGCGUUAACCUCCAGACGCACGAGCGUCGAGACAUUACGGCUUCUACUUUCUGUCCCUCUGUUUCAAAUAAUUAAUUCCAGACUGAACCAUAUAACGUGAUCAGUUAAACACGAUCAGAGAAACAGCUCGCCAUCAGACUAGUGCCAGACUGAAUCCAUGGAGGAAAACAAAGUAGUCACAUGAGAUUCAGGAUGGUAUUUAACCCGGCUGCUGUCUUGGCUCCUUUAUGGGUGUUGGGCAGGGGGGGAAUACUGUCUUGUGCUGUUGGUGUGUGGCUAUUCCUGGAGCUUUCUUGUCACCAGCAUGCUGUAUGCUCUGGUGUUUUGUUGCUCUGUGCCAGUCCCCUAAAAUAGCCUUCAGGGCUAAAGCAGCAUGUGUACAACACAGAGGGCAUACAUUCCUCUUGGUCCUUCACCCAUAUUGUUAGUACAUUUUUAAUCUGGCCCCCAGAGCCUGGAUGACCACUGUGCCUCUUCCCAAAGGCCUUCGUCUUCUGGAUGCCUGCCUUCGUGCCAACAGAACCGUUGGUGUGAGGUGUUUUAGCACAGAUGAAGGAGAAACUGGCUGUCUGAUACCAGAGGCCUUACUGUGUAGCCACUGCCUUUAAAUAGAACCUCUUACAAUACCAUUUGCUUCCUGAAGCAGAGGGCUCGACCUUGAGCAAGCUCCCCAAUGCGGCAGAACAGUUAAGAGAACAAGGUGUUUGUUUCAUGGUCUUUGGCUUGUUAAAGCACUCUUAUGCUUCUUUUCCCCAUUUCCUUCUCUCUGGGUUUGUUGUGGUUUCUCUCUUUGCAUAUUCUGUUUUACCUACAGUCAGUGAUCCUUUAUUUCUCACACAUCUGUCUGCGCAUGUCUGUCUUCUCCUUCUCCUCUCUCUCUCUCGUUUUGCUUUGAGUAGAACCAAAGGUCGGUUACCGUAGGCUUUCCAUGGGUGCAGUUGCCUCCAGAGUAUCGGGGCUCCGGCCUGAGGAAUAAAGUAGGUAGCACCCCUCUGCGGUGCAUGCUGGCCCACCUGCGCCAUGGCCAGACUUUGUGGCAGGCAUGAGCAGUGAGAAAUGGUGCUUCACCUUUUAAGCUCUGCCCCGCUCAGCCUCCCCCACAUCCACACGUGCAGAGGUGCAUGAUGCACAUGAACAGGAUGCUCAAUCAGGAUGAGGAGAAAAAUAAUGGUCCAGAGUAAAGGUUUACAUUUCAAUCACUUAUGGAUUGAAGUAUUGUUGAUUUAUUUUAUUUAUUUAUUUAUUUAUUUAUUUAUUUUUUUAAUAAUUCUAUUAAUUGUCAGUAUAAUUUAUUAUUAAAACUAUUAUUCUGUACAGGGACUUGGAGAGCUUUUUAUAGCUCUCAUAUCAAGGGCACAUUUUACUACAAGGAUUUAAGUUCUUAACAAGAUCACAGAGGGCUUUGGAUGCAGUCAGGAUGGUUGCCCAAGCUGCCAUGUCAGCUACUGUAUCAGAGCUACCAUAUGUGAGCUGCUUCUGUGUUAUAGAGGGGAUGUGUGCCUAUUGCUGUGAAAUCCUGAGAUAGUACUUGUAAACACAUUAACAUGGUGUCUGUCUGGCUGCCAGGGUAUAGGAGAGGAUCAUUCACAGAUGGAGAUGCCUGCCAGAAGGCACUAGCACUAUCAAGGAAAUGGGAGACAGCACUUGGCUCCUUUAUGAUAUCUAGCAUAGUCUAAUUUGCCUCCAGUGGGAACUACUACUUCAUCCCCUACGUCAUGACGCCCAACCAUGAGUACAUCUGCUGUGAGAACGUGGCCCAGCGGCGGGCGUCCGAGUACAUGCAGCCCAGCUGGGACAACCUGCUGGGGCCCCUGUGCGUGCCACUGGUGGACCGCUUCGUCAGUCUGCUCAAAGACAUCCACGUCACGUCCUGUGCCUCAUUCAAAGACACUCUGCUGAACGACAUCCGAAAGGCCAGAGACAAGUAUCAGGGCGAAGAGCUGGCCAAGGAGCUGUCUCGAAUCAAGCUCCGCAUUGACAACACCGAGGUUCUCACUCAGGAUAUUGUCAUGAAUCUGCUCUUCUCUUAUAGGGACAUACAGGAUUACGAUGCCAUGGUGAAGUUGGUACAGACCCUUGAGAUGUUGCCCACCUGUGAUCUGGCCAAUCAGCCCAUGAUCCAGUUCCACUACGCCUUUGCUCUCAACAGGCGAAACAGCCCUGGCGACAGGGAGCAGGCCCUACGUGUGAUGCUGCAGGUGCUUCAGUCAUGCGAGCACCCUGCUCCGGACAUGUUCUGCCUGUGCGGCCGCAUCUACAAAGAUGUUUUCCUGGACUCCGAUUGCAAGGACACCAAGAGCCGAGACAACGCCAUUCAGUGGUACAGGAAGGGCUUCGAGCUGCAGCCCACCCUUUACUCGGGCAUCAACCUGGCCGUGCUGCUCAUCGUGGCUGGACAGCAGUUCGAGAGCUCCAUAGAACUCAGAAAGAUAGGUGUCAGGCUGAAUAGUCUUCUAGGCCGGAAAGGCAGUCUGGAAAAGAUGAACAACUACUGGGAUGUGGGGCAGUUCUUCACAGUCAGCAUGCUGGCCAACGACAUCCCCAAAGCCGUGCAGGCAGCUGAGAAGCUCUUCAAGCUGAAGCCUCCUAUCUGGUAUUUGCGCUCGGUGGUGCAGAACCUCAAACUAAUUCAGCACUUCAAGAAGCAGAGCACGGAGCAUUCUCCUCAGAGAGAGAGGCUCAACUUCUGGAUGGACAUCAUUGUGGAGGCCACACAAGGGACCACCAAUGGCCUGCGUUUCCCAGUGUUGAUUCUGGAGCCGACCAAAGUGUACCAGCCCUCUUAUGUGUCCAUCAACAGUGAAGCGGAGGAAAAGAAUGUGUCUAUUUGGCACGUGUCCCCUGCUGAAACGAAAGGCAUCCAUGAAUGGAACUUCACAGCAUCAUCUAUCAAAGGAAUCAGCAUCUCCAAAUUUGAUGAGCGCUGCUGUUUCCUGUAUGUGCAUGAUAACUCGGAUGAUUUUCAGAUCUACUUCUCCACUGAAGACCAGUGUGGCAGAUUCUGUUCCAUGGUGAAGGAGGUGAUCACAGAUGGGGCAGGAAAUGCCGUAGAGCUGGAAGGGGAGGGAGACGGCGACACCCUCGAGUACGAGUACGACUACGAUGAGAACGGCGACAGGGUGGUGCUCGGCCGUGGCACAUACGGGGUGGUGUAUGCCGGCAGGGACCUCAGCAACCAGGUGCGCAUCGCCAUCAAAGAGAUCCCCGAGAGGGACAGCAGGUACUCCCAGCCUCUGCACGAGGAGAUAGCCCUGCACAAAUACCUGAAGCACAGAAACAUCGUCCAGUACCUGGGCUCAGUGUCUGAGGAUGGCUACAUCAAGAUCUUUAUGGAACAGGUUCCUGGAGGAAGUCUGUCAGCACUGCUUCGUUCAAAAUGGGGGCCUCUGAAAGAAGCUACCAUCAUCUUCUACACCCGGCAGAUCCUGGAAGGGCUGCGCUACCUGCACGAAAAUCAGAUUGUCCAUCGGGACAUUAAGGGAGACAACGUCUUGGUUAACACCUACAGCGGCGUUCUGAAGAUCUCGGACUUUGGCACAUCAAAGAGGUUGGCCGGAGUUAACCCCUGCACAGAGACCUUCACAGGCACGCUGCAGUACAUGGCUCCCGAGAUCAUUGAUAAGGGGCCCCGGGGUUAUGGGGCCCCAGCGGACAUCUGGUCUCUAGGCUGCACUAUCAUCGAGAUGGCAACAGGCAAGCCCCCAUUCCAUGAGCUAGGGGAGCCCCAGGCAGCCAUGUUCAAGGUAGGGAUGUUUAAGAUCCAUCCUGAGAUCCCCGAAGCACUCUCCCCCGAGGCCAAGUCCUUCAUCCUGCGCUGUUUUGAGCCCGAUCCCAACAAGAGGGCCACAGCCGGUGACCUGCUCAAGGACUUGUUCGUGCGACACAACAUCAAGGGGAAGAAGAACAAGAUUGCCUUCAAGCCCUCCGACUACAUCCGCAGCGUGUCGCUACCGGUGCAGCUGCAGGCAGAGGCUGCAGGGAGCAGCAGCAGUGAGCACGGCUCUGUCUCACCCGACUGCGACUCCAAACACGACGUCUUCUUUGAGAAGAAGAAGCGCUCGGGUUCGGAGACCCUCAUCAAGCCCAGUGCCUCCAGCUUCCUCAGUGUUCCUGAUGAGAGUCCCAUAUCGGAGGACCGCAGCUCUCCGGCCUCAUCGGAGAACAGCGACUCGGGCCUGUUCCUGCUCAAGAAAGACAGCGAGAGGCGGGCCAUCCUCUACAAAGUCCUCAAUGAAGACCAGGACAAGGUCACCUCUAAUCUUCUGGAGAACCACAUCCAGGGCACGGAGGAGCUGAAGCUGUCGGUGGACCAUAUUAAACAGAUCAUCUGCAUCUUGCGGGACUUUAUCCGUUCGCCUGAACGCCGUGUCAUGGCCUCCACCAUCUCCAAGCUCAAGCUGGACCUCGACUUCGACAGCACCUCCAUCAACCAGAUCCAGCUGGUUCUCUUUGGUUUUCAGGACUCUGUGAAUAAAGUGCUCAGGAAUCACCAUAUUAAACCUCACUGGAUGUUUGCAAUGGACAACAUCAUCAGACGGGCUGUGCAGGCUGCAGUCACUAUAUUAAUUCCAGAGCUGCAAACGCAUUUUGGGCCCGCGUCGGAGAGUGAAGGAGCGGAGAAGGACGCAGAUGAGGUGGAUGUGGAGGAGGACACAGAGUUUGGCGGUGCAGAGCCCGUGGCCCCGGAGGAUACAGGCCUCACGUCUGGGGUCAGCACUCUUAGCUCUGUCAUCUCCCACGAUUCCCAGCGCACACCACACCCGCUUGGAGCACAGCUCACCCGCCUCAAACAGGAGACGAGCAGGCUACUGGAGGAACUCCUCCAGAAGGAGAAAGAAUACCAGCAGGUACUGAGGCAGACUCUCCAGCAGAGGGUACAUGAUGUGGAGCUCCUCAGACUCCGAAACCAGCCUGUUGCAGUAGAGACUCCGUCUCCCUCCAUAUUCCAGCUCCCAACUGAGCCUGAACCAGACAAGGAGCUGACGGACUGGCUGAAGCAGCAGGGUGCAGACGUGGAGACCGUAGGCAAGUUUGUAAUGGAGGACUACACACUGAAUGAUGUCCUCAGUGACAUUACCCAAGAGGAUCUGCGAGGCCUGCGGCUACGGGGUGGUGUGCUGUGCCGUAUAUGGAGAGCCAUUCAGCAACACCGUAGCAGAGAACAGAGGAGACCACAGUGCGCCGAGGGGACCUCAGAGGGAUGAGCGAGGCCCGGCCCCUUCCUCUGAACAUCUGCUCGCACACACUUUCCUGCGAGACCCUACCUGUUCCUAGCACAUGUCGUUUUAAGCACCCCUUUGCCUCAUUCAACUGGCUCUCGUGUGCGUAUGUUUGGUGCUUAAUUCGACCCUCCCCCCUCCUCCCUCAGCUCUCUUGGAAUUUUCCACUGAUGACAGAACUGCUGCAUCUUCCACACAGGUGCAAAUGCAAGGUCAUCUCUGGAUAAGCCCCAUUCUCCCUUUGCCUUACCGUUUGUUUUCAUUUUCUGCAGCGGGGAAGAUAAAAACACAGAUAACUGGGCAUGUAAUACCUGAAGUCUGAAUAGCCAUCAUGUUUACAGGCCAGUCAUUCCUCACACACUCACUGAUAAUCUGAAACCCAUCAGACUUGCAUUAAUCCAUGCUUUCUCACCCAAGGGUGAAAAACACAUUUAGAAUUUGUUUCUGGAAAACACCAGACCCUGGAAAACACCAGACCCAGGGUUCCUCUGUAAGAAAGCGACUUUCUUGCAUCAUAACAUGGGUCAUCGCUUGUUCAGAAAAGCAGAGAUGCUGGAGAGCUACUGGGGGCAAUUUAAAGAAAGUCCUUGGUGACUCUAAUUCCUGAGCUAUUUCAACUUUUGUACCUUACUACAUUUGUGUAAAUAUCUAGACAUAACUCUAAAUAUUUAGGUAUAAUUCUGAAUACAGAAAUACACCUGAAUUACUAACUGUAAAUCCAAAUCUAUGAGUUUAAGUGCUGCAAUCUAUAGUUGGCUUACUUUCACUAAUCUGGUCAGUCAUCUGAAAAUGUGAUGAAAGGCACUGGUGCACAUUUUUGUAGAAAUUAAAUGCUUUUAGUAGCUGUUAUCACUACAUAUGCUGUGAUUGGCCAUGAGGUCUAAAGAGCCACUUGCCUGCACAAUGACUUGCGCUUGGAGAGAAGCAGAGAGUGUUUACAUAUGCAGUGACAAUGAGCCUUAGAAAGAAGAAAGAUGAGCUUGCACAUGCUGAGUGUGUUACUUGAAAGUGCCAAACGGUCUACAUCAGGACUGCAUUAUAUAUUCAGGAGUUCUAUAAUAUAUCUAGAGUUUAUAAAUUCAGCUUUUCAUAUGCAUAUCCAUGGUUUGAUUCAGUUUAUUUGAUUACAGUAUUCAGUGUUCAUGUUUCACAUAUUUUUAUGUAAAAUAUUGUGCCUUUUUUUUAAAAGAAAUGUCUAGAUAAAAAUAUCUACAACCCCCUUGGACUGUUCUAGCUAAGCAGCCUCCCUAAAUAAGUUGCUGUUCAGACUGGAAUUAUUUUUGAUAAUUUGAGUCAUACCAUGAGAAACAGUUUGGACUGAUGUAAUAUUUUACUAUGUGCUUUUAGUAAACUCACUGUGAACAGUCUAAUAGUUGGGCAAGAUCAGAUAUAUACAUUUCCAAGCAGUAAUUUUUCAAAUAGUCUGAAGAGCUACGGUGGACACUCUUCUAGAAACAAAUGAGUAUUUGCGUACUACUGGAACCACUCCUAACAUGUUGCAUGGCUUUUGGUACAGCGUGGAAGAGUUACUGACAGUGGUAGUGCAAGAUUAGUACUAUUACUAGAAAAAAAGGUUUUGGUUUUUUUCAUGCACUCCAUGUUUUCUAGGAAACAAAUGCAAGGCAAUAGAGUUACAAAAGACAAUGCAAAGAUCCACUAAUGGCUCAUAACCCAUGUGUGGAAAGGGGAUACAAACCUUUAUCAUAUUCCCCCCAAAUUAUUAGCAUCGGAGUCUAACAAUCCAUUGUUUAUUGUUCAGUCAUCAUUUAGCUGAUUGAUAAUUGGUGACGUGAUGUAAACUAAACUCAAACUAGCCAGACUCAAAUAAUCUGCGUUCAGAUUUUAAAAAUAAAGGUAAUGCUACCUGUAGUCAUGUAAUGCGAUCCUGAUCUCUAGCAACUCAUCUCUGGCUAGGACACUCAGGUAGUGGAGCCAUGUGCUUUAAAUCCUUUUACUCACUCUUUUGGCAUACAGACUUGUUAAUGUCUCCUAUACAACUGAAGCCACCAGCUGAAGACUCAAAUGGAGAACUUGGACCAAAGCACCUGAAGUGCCAGCAUCCAAACUGUUUGCAAUGUUAAUUCCUCAGUAUGUCUUUCCUAUGUUGUGUGUUUUUGGUACAACUUGUGUCCUAUGUUUACUUGAUGGUCAAUGAACUGUAUUUAUGUAGUGUACUGUUUUGUGAAGAUGCUGAUAUUUGAAACACAAAGGUACCUCUCUGCCUUUUAAAUUAUGUGAUUGCCUUUUGGCCAUCAUAAGAUUUUGCCUAAUUCUUUGGUAAUUUCAUAGAAAGCACUGAAAUACAUGGAGAUGUAGCAUCUAAAAUGGAAACAAGCCACUUAUAAACAGAAUUAACCAACCUUUUGAGCACAUAAUAAACUAAAAUUUCACAAA